AACGGUUCGGUUAUGUGCGUGCGUUGCUCUGAAUCCUAGCGGUGUAUCAGUGAGGUGCUAUCUCUGUCACACCAAGGUGUGUUAGGUUACGGAAGAGGAAAAUAUUUCCCAAAAGUCAGUGACUGGGUGGAGAAAAGAAAAUAAUUGUGAUUUUCCGAAAACGGACGAUUUGUGGGUGAAUUUCACCAACCCAGGUAAAAGGAUACGGUGUGCAGCCCAGCGGAGGAUUUCCACGCUAGCCGCGAACGAUCGAGUAUCCUGUUCGUGCACUGAAAAGUUAAAUUUGUCCUCUCAAUCGCACUGUCCGCAAUUCAGUUCUAGAGAGCAGCUGUGACCUACUAGUACGAGGGAAGCAAGCGCGCAUAAAAGAAAUCACGUUCCGUUUUCAAUCCAAUUGGGCGAGGUGGUGAGACAUCAGAAGGAAAAUUUGAAGAAGAAAAAAAAACCAAUUUGUGAAAUUAUCCUUCACGAAAGCAGCCCCGUGCGCGCGUUCGCCGAAUUAAUUGUAAGAAGUAGGCAAAUAAGCGCGUGAAUAAUCGCGACCAUCGAAAAAAAGUGUGUAGAAAAUAGAAAAUCAAGCAUAAUAAAAUCAGUGCAAGUGCUUAGUGAGGUGUGGUUUGAACUUUCUCCUCGCAAAUCGCUGUGAAAUAAAGCAAAGGAAAAAAAACAUCGCGAUACAAGUCAGGAGAGGAAGUGAAGAAGAAAAAAUCAAAAUAAAAAUUGUUUCACUCUUACUGCGGACAAUUAUCCUAUCAGCAGCGUCUGGUUUGCUGUUUAUAUUCAAUUGCGCGCUUCUAUCUUGACUCCGACGGAAGCACCGCUACCGCUAAGUGAAGCCGUGUGUGUUGUGUUGUGUUGAGGCACUGGAAAAAAUAAAAGUAGCCCACAAACCGCAGCCGGUUUAAUGAGUUUUAACCGGAAAAUACGGCAGAACCAACAGCAACAGCACUAGUAGCCCAACCGUCGUCGUCAGUUGCUCAUCGGCAUCGGCUUGCGGUUGCGGUUCGAUAGUUGAAUCUCGCACCCCGAGACGUAACUCCUGAGACCCUCCGGAUAAGACACACAGCAACGGCACAGCACAGCGCAUUGCUCCGCACCCAACUUCUUCCGAGAUGGGUGACGUCGAUCCGGAAACGCUACUAGAAUGGCUCUCGAUGGGCCAGGGCGACGAGCGGGACAUGCAGUUGAUCGCCCUGGAACAGCUCUGCAUGUUACUGCUCAUGUCCGACAAUGUGGAUCGGUGUUUCGAAAGCUGUCCACCGCGGACGUUCCUACCAGCGCUGUGCAAAAUAUUUCUGGAUGAGCUGGCGCCGGAAAAUGUGCUGGAAGUAACGGCACGUGCCAUUACCUACUACCUGGACGUAUCAUCCGAGUGUACACGACGGAUCGUCGCAAUCGAUGGUGCUAUCAAAGCGAUCUGCAACCGGCUGGUGGUGGCGGACCUGGAGAGCCGAACCAGUCGCGAUCUGGCUGAACAGUGCAUCAAGGUGCUCGAGCUGAUAUGCACACGCGAGGCAGGAGCAGUGUUCGAAGGUGGCGGACUGAACUGUGUCCUUUCGUUCAUCCGCGACAACGGAUCGCAGAUCCACAAAGACACACUCCACUCGGCAAUGGCUGUGGUGUCGAGGCUGUGUACCAAGGUUGAACCGCAAGGUGCCAAUGUACAGACCUGUGUAGAAAGUCUUAGUACGUUGCUUCAACACGAAGAUCCACUGGUGGCAGAUGGCGCACUGAAAUGUUUCGCCUCGGUGGCAGAUCGCUUCACAAGAAAAGGUGUCGAUCCCGCACCACUAGCGGAGUAUGGUUUGGUAACUGAGCUGUUGAAUCGGUUAAGCAAUGCUGCCGGAGCACAAAAUACCGCGCUUGUCGCUGGAUCAAGUGGAUCUCCCAAUGCUGCUAACCAGUCCAACAGUCAGGAAGCAGCUUCUACAGCACAGCUUUCAUCGUCGGCACCAAAGACGCAGGGAGCGGCGGAAGCUGGUCGAUCCAGCCAGUCCAUCGCUACGACAAUUUCUCUACUAUCCACCCUUUGUCGAGGAUCACCGUCCAUCACGCAUGAUCUACUCAGAUCGAACCUGCCAGAAGCGAUGGAGCGAGCCUUCAAAGGCGACGAACGAUGUGUGUUGGAUUGUAUGAGGCUAGCUGAUCUCAUUCUCUUGUUGUUGUUCGAGGGCCGACAAGCUCUCGGUCGGGUAGGUGGCUCUAGCGGUCAGUUGGCACCACGCGUGCGAAGGGCCGACUCUAGCACGGAACGAACACAUCGACAGCUAAUCGAUUGCAUUAGAAGUAAGGACACGGAAGCACUCAUCGAAGCUAUCGAAUCGGGUGGAAUCGACGUCAACUGUAUGGACGAUGUUGGUCAGACCCUACUGAACUGGGCUUCGGCUUUCGGUACUCUCGAAAUGGUGGAAUUCCUAUGUGAUAAAGGUGCUGACGUAAACAAAGGCCAGCGAAGUUCCUCUCUGCAUUAUGCGGCAUGCUUCGGUCGACCGGGUAUUGCCAAAGUGCUACUGAAGCACGGUGCCAAUCCGGACCUGCGUGACGAGGACGGUAAAACGCCGUUAGACAAAGCCCGUGAACGACCAGACGAAGGACAUCGUGAAGUUGCGACGAUCCUGCAAUCGCCCGGCGAAUGGAUGACAGCCGCUACGCGGUCGGAUUUAAAAAGUGAUACUGAAGAUGGUGACAACGAACCACGGGGCGAUCCAGAGAUGGCUCCGGUUUAUCUGAAAUUCUUUUUACCCAUAUUUUGUAAGACGUUCCAAAGCACAAUGCUGGCAAGUGUACGGCGAUCAAGUUUAGGUUUGAUUAAGAAAAUGAUUCAAUACGUGCAGUCGGAUAUGUUGUCCAGGCUCUGUUCCUCCGAAGGUUUGCAGAGCCACGAACAAAGCCUGGGAACGUUACUAGUCGAAGUCGUCGCCAGUGUCCUAGACAACGAGGAUGACGAGGAUGGCCACCUGGUGGUACUUACCAUUAUCGAGGAACUUAUGUCCAAGACGCAGAGUGAUUUUCUCGAUCACUUCGCCCGGCUGGGGGUGUUCUCUAAGGUGCAAGCCCUGAUGGGUGACGCGACCAACUUCAUCAGUGGCGACACCGACAGCAACGAUGUGAUUAAAUCGGAAGAUGUCAAAGUCACCGUAGGCAGCAGCAGCAGCAGCUCACAGGAUGUAGCUAGCGGUACCGCUCCAGUCGUUCCGGUUUUACCGCCACCGGCGGUAGCAGCAGCCAGCACCGUGGAAGAUGCCAAAGAAAUUCUCCCCGGUAAAGCCUACCAUUGGCGGGAUUGGAGCAUUUGUCGCGGACGAGACUGCCUUUACGUAUGGUCCGAUUCAGCCGCCUUGGAACUGUCCAAUGGUUCAAACGGAUGGUUCCGAUUCAUCUUGGACGGUAAACUGGCAACCAUGUACUCCAGUGGAAGUCCGGAAAAUGGUAGUGACAGUUCCGGCAAGGGAAGGAGUGCGGAUUCCUUAGCCGGCGAAGAAAACCGCGGAGAGUUCCUGGAGAAGCUGCAACGUGCACGAGGUGCAGUGCGGCAGGGAACGGUUUCGCAGCCAAUCCUGUCGACGCCCAGUCUGUCGCGGAUUGUCGUCGGCAACUGGGUGCUGCAGAGCCAAAAGGAACACCAGCUACAUAUCAACAACUCGGAAGGCCAUCAGGUGACAAUUCUGCAGGACGAACUGCCGGGAUUCAUCUUCGAAAGUAACCGCGGAACGAAGCACACCUUCACGGCGGAAACUACCCUCGGGCCGGACUUCGCCGCCGGUUGGAUCAACACGAAGAAAAAGAAGAUGCGCUCGAAGGCGGAAGCGCAGAAGUAUCAGGUGAAGAAUAUCGCUCGGGACCUGUACAACCGGUACUUCAAGGCAGCGCAAGCCGUCCCACGGGGCGCUGUCGCCAAGCUGUGCACCAUCGUGCGACAAAUCGAGUGCGGCCUGGAGGAGCAGUGCGCUCCCCGGACGAGCUCCCUGCAGGUCCGUGCCCAGCUACAGCAAACGGGUGGCGGCAGCACGUGGCAGGAGAAAUUGUACAACGCGCUGAACGAUCUGGUUCAGCUGCUCAACGAAGACGGGGUGAUCAGUGCCUACGAAAUGCACAGCUCCGGGCUGGUGCAAGCACUGGUGGCAGUUUUGUCCAAAAAUUACUGGGAGCUUGGCAUGAACCGAAGCCGGGCUAAUAAGUAUCAAAAGCAGAGGAUUUCCAUCUUUAAAAAGUGUAUGUAUGGGGAUUCGAAGAACGGUAAAAAUACCGCUAGCAUUCUGGUGCAAAAGUUGGUCUCCGUGCUGGAGAGUAUUGAGAAGUUGCCGGUUUAUAUGUAUGAUUCGCCCGGUGGCAGCUACGGGCUUCAGAUACUUACGAAACGGUUAAGUUUUCGGUUGGAACGAGCCGCCUGUGAGCAGACCCUGUUCGAUCGAACUGGUCGAAAUUUGAAGAUGGAACCCCUGGCUACGGUUGGACAGUUGAACAAGUACCUGCUGAAGAUGGUUGCCAAGCAGUGGUACGAUAUGGAUCGUUCGUCGUUUCUGUUUUUGAAAAAGCUGAAGGAUACGAAGGCGGGCGGUGUUCAGUUUAAACAUCAGCACGAUUUUGAUGAGAAUGGGAUUGUUUACUAUAUUGGAACUAAUGGAAAGUCUACCGAGUGGGUGAAUCCUGCGCAGUAUGGACUAGUGACUGUUACGAGCAGUGAAGGGAAGCAGCUUCCGUACGGAAAGUUGGAGGAUAUUUUGUCAAGGGACAGUGUCAGUGUGAAUUGUCACACUAAGGAUAAUAAAAAGUCGUGGUUUGCGAUUGAUUUGGGAAUGUAUGUGAUUCCCACGGCUUACACGUUGCGCCACGCUCGAGGUUAUGGCCGAUCUGCUUUGAGAAAUUGGAUGUUCCAGAUGUCGAAGGAUGGACUUAACUGGGUUACCAUGUUGACGCACACUGACGACAAAAGUUUGGCGGAACCGGGAAGCACCUGCACGUGGCCCAUCGAGUGCCCGGCAGAGGAACAGCAAGGCUAUCGGCACGUUCGUAUUCAUCAGAACGGUCGGAAUGCUUCCGGCCAAACGCACUAUUUGAGUUUGAGCGGCUUCGAGUUAUACGGAAAAGUUACGUCCGUAUGUGAGGAUAUGGGUAAAGCAGCUGCCAAAGAAAACGAGGCGAAGUUGAGAAAGGAACGUCGGCAGAUUCGGGCUCAACUGAAGUAUAUUACGCAGGGUGCUCGGGUGGUCCGUGGUGUCGACUGGCACUGGGACGAUCAGGAUGGAAGCCCUCCCGGGGAAGGUAUGGUAACUGGGGAAAUCCAUAACGGCUGGAUUGAUGUCAAAUGGGACCAUGGUUUGCGCAAUUCCUAUCGUAUGGGAGCGGAGGGAAAGUACGAUUUGAAGUUGGCUAAUGGAGACAAUCUUAAUGCAUCGUAUGAGUUGAAUAAUUCCGGUGCGGGACUGGUUCCAAUCGGGGGUGGAGCGGCUGUUUCCUCAGCUAAGAAAGCGUACGAUAAGUCAUUGAAUGUUCUAACUAGUCGCAAAUCCAGCUCUACACCUAGUCUACCGGAAGCAACGGAGAACAAGUCGUCCGUAGCUUCGACGGAACAAGCCACCUCGGUGGAUAAUCUUGCCUGGAAGCAAGCAGUCGAAGUGAUUGCGGAAAAUGUUCUUUCGUGUGCUCGCUCUGAUUUGGCCAAUACCAGUGGGGGGAGCAGCAGUAACGAUUUGUCCGCUCCGGGAACGAACAACAAUAAUCUUAACAACCAGGAAGUGUCUGUGAUCGUUCACUCACUGGGUGAACGCGGAAACAUACCGGAUUUGUCACAAAUCAAUACCAGCACUUCCACGCUAGUCUCAGAUCUCGCUACCAUAACGGAAAAUUUGACUCUUUCGGAUAACAUCAAGAAUAAUAUAAGUGCUGCGGGUGGACCGCAGUUUGUCAGUAAUUUUGGCACUCAGUUGGCAGCUUGUUCGUCCUCUUCCUCCACGGAAGAGAACAAUAAAACUAAUAAUAUUAAUGAAACCAACAACAAGAUCAAUUUGAAUAACAGCAGCAGCAGCAGCUCCGGUAAGACAGCUUACCUUCCCACUAAGCUGGACGUGUUGGAUAAAAUGCGCGAAGGCGUCGAUAUGCUUCGAAACAAUACGAACAAUCUGCUUUCGUCGGAACUGCUAACGCAGUCGAAUUUACUAUCGUCGGUGAAGAUCGCUCUACCGACACCGCAGGUGGCCAAUUUGCAACCACCCAAUGCCGGGACGAUUUUCGUUGCCAGUAGCAGCACCAGCAGCAGCACAACCGCUGACAAAACGGCUCAAGCUGGAGAAAUCAAAUUCAACAACACGAUCAACAACAACGGUGCGUCCUCCCUCGGUGGAGUCACCAAGAAGGUGCUGAACGAAAUGAAGCAAAUGUCGAUGGAAACCGCGGACGAUCGGGACGUUGCCAACAAUUUGCGCAACAAUAUCGUCCUGGUCGAUGCCGCCGAGCCGGGAAGUUCGAAAGAAACCACACCCAACCCGGACUCGCCGUCGUCGGUCAUGGCAGCCAACCCGAUGAGCGUAAGCGUUCCGAAUCUGACCAGUAACGAAAGCAGCGUACCGCCGGAAUCGCAAACACCUCCGGGACUGCUGGAAACCUUCGCUGCCAUCGCCCGCAGGCGAACGUCGGGAAGUUCCGGCUCUCACAACCCACAGCAUCACCAUCACCAGCAUCAUCAGCAGCCUCCGGCUGCUUCCGCCGGUAGCAGCGGCGCCUCGAACCAGAGUCAGCCAAACAACCAGUUGAGCAGUGUAGCUUCAAACAUUCAAGCCAGCAGCGGCUUCUUCCCCCGAGGACCCAACUCGGUAACCAGUCUGGUGAAGCUAGCCUUAUCCAGCAACUUCCACAGCGGACUGCUCAGCACAGCCCAGAGCUAUCCCAGUUUGUCGAGCUCGUCAAACAAUUCCAACCAAUCCGUCGGUGGUGGGGCGGCAGCUGGAGCCAUUGGGAACAAUAAUUCCAGCUCCGGUGCGGGUUCCAACACCGGCACGGGCACGCAAACCGGAUCCGGCCCAACCGCCGUCCUUAAUCCGGCUCUCACCAUGAGCCUAACUUCGACCAGCAGCGAUAGCGAGCAAGUUUCGCUAGAAGACUUCCUAGAACAGUGCCGUGCGCCGACUCUGCUCGGUGACCUAGAAGACGAUGAAGACAUGGAGGAUGAGAAUGACGACGAUGAGAACGAAGACGAAUACGAGGAGGUGGGCAACACCCUGCUGCAGGUUAUGGUAUCCCGCAAUUUGCUUUCCUUCAUGGAUGAGGAAACGCUUGAGAAUCGCUUGGCUGCAGCCGGCAAACGCAAAUCCUGGGACGAUGAGUUUGUACUGAAGAGACAAUUUUCGGCUCUGAUUCCGGCAUUUGAUCCACGCCCUGGACGAACCAAUGUCAACCAAACUAGUGACUUAGACAUACCGCCGCCCGGUGCAUCGACCGACGGUGGCCACAGCAGUGGCCAUUCCGAGCACGCUCCGCUUCCACAACCCUCACUGGCUUUACUGCUUCGCGGUCCGAACAUAAACGGUGUAACCGAUGUGGAAAUACCUCUCACUCAACCGGACUGGACCAUUUUCCGUGCCGUCCAGGAACUGAUUCUUCAGACCAACAUGACCAAACAGGACAAAUUCCGUAAGAUAUGGCAGCCAACGUACACCAUCGUGUACCGGGAGGCCGGUGCGGGCAGUUCUUCCUGUCGCGAAGAUUUCAGCAGUGGUGAAGAAGGCCGCACAACACCGGUGAUUUCGAUGUUCUCCCAGCGAAGCGGUGGCUCAACUCUGUCCCCCAGUUCGCCGAUUCCCGGUACACCUUCCAACACCACGGGCAGUCACUGCACCGUCGAGGACGUCCUACAGCUUCUGGGUCAGCUGAAUGCCAUCAAUCAAACCCUCACGUCAUCGCCAUCCAACAACGACAAGAAUCUCAUUCCGGACGUCGAAAGUAGCAACCUGAAUGCGGACAUUUUCAUGAGCAAGAAAAUCACCAACAAACUGCAGCAGCAGAUACAGGAUCCGCUCGUGCUGGCCAGUGGCAGUCUGCCAAAGUGGUGCGAAAAUUACAACCAAAGCUGUCCGUUCCUGUUUCCGUUCGAAACCCGUCAGCUGUACUUCAACUGUACGGCCUUCGGAGCAUCCCGCAGCAUCGUGUGGCUGCAAUCGCAGCGUGAUGUGAACCUAGAGAGACAGCGAGCUCCGGGUCUGAGCCCGAGGCACACCGAUCAGCACGAGUUCCGCGUCGGACGACUGAAGCACGAACGGGUUAAGGUACCCCGUGGCGAGAACCUUCUCGAGUGGGCUCAACAGGUCAUGAAAGUUCACUGCAAUCGGAAAUCCGUACUGGAAGUGGAGUUCGUCGGCGAGGAAGGAACCGGACUGGGACCUACGCUGGAGUUCUACGCUUUGGUGGCGGCCGAGCUGCAGCGGAGCGACCUCGGAAUGUGGCUGUGCGACGACGAACCGAAACUGAUCGAAGACGAAAUCGAUCUGGGCGAGGGCAGCAAACCGAUCGGGUACUACGUGAGGCGCUCCACUGGCCUCUUUCCGGCACCGCUUCCGCAGGAGUCGGAGAUUUGUGAUUUUGUAGCCAACUAUUUCUGGUUCUUGGGGGUGUUUCUGGCGAAGGUACUGCAGGACGGUCGGCUGGUGGAUCUUCCACUGUCGAACAGCUUCCUGCAGCUGUUGUGCCACAACAAAUCGAUUGUGCGAGAUUCGCUGGCAGCAGGUUCUUGUAAAACCGCUCUGAAUGACGAUAUAAUGAUUUCGUCGCUGAUGUCCGAAGAUAGCGAUCGAGAUUUGGUGGAUUCCUAUCAAUCAAAGCUGGCUAACGAUGGUUGCUGGUACGAUGGAAUCCUGUCGCAGGAAAAUCUGCAGGAAAUUGAUCCGAUCAGGUAUGAAUUCCUGAAAGAGCUACAGGAACUGGUGCAGCAGAAACAGAACAUCGAACAGAAUGACGAUCUCAGCUCGGAGGAAAAGCUACUGCAGAUCAGUGAGUUGAAGUUCAACACCAAAACGGGCAGUGUGGCCCUGGAGGAUUUGGCACUUACCUUCACGUAUCUGCCGAGCUCGAAAAACUACGGCUAUCAGUCGGCGGAUCUGAUUCCGAACGGAUCCAACAUCGACGUCACGAUUAACAACGUCGAAGAGUACUGCAAUUUGACGAUAAACUUCUGCCUACAGGAGGGCAUUUCCAAGCAGCUGGCCGCAUUCCAUCGGGGCUUCUGUGAAGUGUUUCCACUGAACAAACUGGCCGCCUUCACGCCGGAGGAAAUCCGCAAAAUGCUCUGCGGCGAACAGAACCCCGAAUGGACCCGGGAAGACAUCAUAACCUACACGGAACCGAAGCUGGGAUACACCAAGGAAAGCCCCGGUUUCCUGCGUUUCGUCAAUGUCCUAAUGGGCAUGAAUGCAAGCGAGCGGAAAGCAUUUUUGCAAUUCACAACCGGCUGCAGCAGUUUACCGCCCGGUGGUUUGGCCAAUCUGCACCCGCGGCUUACCGUGGUCCGUAAGGUAGACGCCGGCGAAGGUUCCUAUCCGUCGGUCAAUACCUGUGUGCACUACCUGAAGUUGCCGGACUAUCCAAAUGAGGAAAUUUUGCGCGAACGACUGCUGACAGCUACGAAGGAAAAAGGAUUCCAUCUGAAUUAGAUUGCAGUUUUCGUACGACGGGGCGCGCACCGCCAAAAGAGCUGUUUGUUUUUAGAAACCAAACUAGAACUUACUUAAAUAAUGAAAUCCCUCUUUCUUGAAACUCUAGAUAUGCUGAAUUGAUAUCCCUUACACUCUGUACUGUAAAAGAAAGAAAUAUUAGUGAAAAUCAAACAAAAAUAUAAAUAUAUAUAUUUUUAGGUAAUGAGCUCUACCUUGAGAGAAAAAACAAAAUUAUCAAAUCUAAACAAAAUUCAAGGAUACAAUAAAUAUAACAAAAAAGAAAAAUGACAUGUUGACGAUUACUUAAAGUUAUCGAUUUGUUGUGGGUUUAAGUUAUAAAACACAAAAAAAAAACAAUAAUUGCAAUUCCUUUUAAAGAAGCUUACACAAUAAGGUAUAUUAAAGAUGACAAGAUCGUAACAAAAAGAGUAACUUGAUAGACGAAUGGACAACAGUGUUUAGUUAUCGGAUAGCUCCCCUAUGCUACGUUUGCUGUGAGUAACAAUUAUACAUCCAAGCUCUAGUGUUAGUUUGCGAACUGGAUUAAGGAACACAGUUUUAAGUAGAAGUCAUUUAUUAUUCGUAUCAGUUUUUAUGUAAAUAUUAAUCCGCGUACAUACCUAUUCCUAUACACUUACAACACACAAAAACGCAGCUGUGAGAAAAGGUGGAGAACGACACAUAAGGCGAACCUGAACUUGAACUUGUAGACCAAGUCGAAAAUUCAAAUUGAUUAUCGAAAAACCAACGGACUGGGUGACUGUCAUAGAGUUUAUCCUGUGUUUUUUGGCUCAAACUUCUCACGUUCACAAGAAUGGCAUUAUUUUUAGGCAAAUUUUCGCUACUCACCAAUGAAGAAAGAUUGAUGAAUAUAUAAAGUAACACAUUUAAUACAGAUAUAAUUGUCACAGUAAUAAAUAGAACUGUAUCACACAGACACAGCUUCGAAGAAACACACACACACACACACAAACUCACUCACACACACAUUCACGUACACACAUACACGCGCGCGUCUUAUUAUUGAAAACGAAGUAUCAAAUUUUCGAACGAAUAUUCCUAAUUGUGCCGUCAAGAUCAAAUGAACCACAAGCGCUCAAUGGAAUCGGAGUUUGUUUGAAAAUGCAGUAUGUAGUUCUCAAUAAUCAGGUUAAAAGAAAAAAAUAAAAUUAAAAAAACAGUACUUUGACUCUGACAGAUUCUGCUGCCUAAUCAUUGCUAUUGAACAACAACAAAAAAAAAUCAGUAAAUCCUGAAAUAUAUGA